UAUGAUUAGGAGCAAAGAGGAGGAGAAGGAGGAGGAGGAGGAGGAGUUGGACAAGAAGAUCCUUGAGAAGACGCGGUAGCUGAGGGUGAGAGGUGCUAGUUAGGCUUAGAGUCGACUUCUUUACACGUUGCACCAACUCGCAUCCGUCUGACGCGUGUGUCGGUCUUUUUUCUUCUCUUCCCCGAACUCCAGACGAGGGCGCCGGCACCUCCCACGGCGGCGCCGACUACGACGGCACUUACGGCGGUUACCCCAAGACGGAGGGGGACCAGGGGCAACACCUCCCCCCAGACCACCUCUCGUCUGACCACCUCCCCUCUGACCACCUCCCCUCAGACGCCACGGACGCCAGCGGCCAGAGAAUGACGGUGACGCCGGAGCUGCUGGGCCUCAUGCCAUCCAACGCAACCUCACAUUAUUCGUCAGACACGGACAGUCUAUCGGGGACGCCGGGCGCUCGCAAGCUGUGGACGGACGAGGACAUGGACAAGGCCCUAGACGCCCUCCGCAACGCCGCCAUGUCCCUGAGCAAGGCGGCGCACGUGUACGGCAUCCCCGCCACGACCCUGUGGCAGCGCGCCCACCGCAUGGGGAUCGAGACGCCCAAGAAGGAGGGCCCAAACAAAACGUGGAGCGAGCAUGACCUCGCCGGGGCCCUCGAGGAGCUCCGCACCGGCAGGAUGUCUGCCAACAGAGCCUCCAAGGAGUUCGGGAUCCCCAACUCCACCCUGUACAAGAUCGCGCGGAAGGAGGGCAUCAAGCUCUCGUCGCCCUUUUCCGCCAUCCAGCCCUCGUGGAACCCCGACGACUUGACGAAGGCGCUGGAGGCCAUUCGGGGUGGAAUGAGUGUCCAGAAGGCGGCCCAGGAGUUCGGCAUCCCCACCGGGACUCUGUACGGGCGCUGUCGGCGGGAGGGGAUCGAGCUCAGCAAGUAUCAGGGAGUGCCGUGGUCGGAGGAGGACAUGAAGGACGCGCUGGAAGCCGUGCGGGUGGGCGAGAUGUCCAUCAACCAGGCCGCCAUUCACUUUAACUUGCCUUACUCGUCUCUGUACGGGAGGUUCAAGCGCGGCAAGUACGAGGACGGCCUGCCCCACCAGGAUUUCCUCCACCAGGAGAUGACGGUGGAGCACUACCCCGCGGACCCCCAGCAGCCCGCCCAGAACCCUCAGCAGCCCCCGCAGCCCCCUCAGCAGCAGCAGCACACGCCGCCGCCCCAGCAGCAGCAGCAGCAGCAGCAGCUCACCCCAGGACCGCCCUCGGAGCAAUAUUGACUAGAUGAAGGGAACACUGGCCGCCACAGCGCCGACGUCGCGCCGGACCAACGCCGGUCCGAGUGCCCGUCGGAGGAAGAUCAGAAAAAGUCACAGCCGACGCCUCAGUCACAGCGAGGAAUUCAGGACUUGCAGCAACAGCAACAACCGCAGCAGCCGCAAACGCAGCCUACGGAGGUACAGACACAGGUUCCCCAGCAGGACGCCCCGCCGCCCGCCCUGGGUCCUGGCUCGGACUAUGGCGAGAAUGGAGGGCCGCCCACGCCCGUGGUCUUCACGGGCGGGGAGGCUCCCCUUUACUCCGCCACAGCCGCCACGGAGCCUCACCAUCCAGCACUCUAUUCACCGCCUGCGUCACUCCCUCAAGAGCCGCUUUAUCCUCCCGCAGCUUCUUUGGCUCAGCCUCCGCCGCCUCCGCACCCGCAGGUGUACCCACAUUACUACCCGCUACCCGAGUACCCUGCUCUGCGGCCCGAGUACCGUGCCUACCAGCCGUACCCGCCGCCGCGGCCCGACGAUCCGACUCGGCCUGUGCAGUAUCCGCACUACCCGCCCUACCAUUUCUGACGCUGUGGCCACCAGUGUUCCCGCAGUCCAGCCGCCUUUUCCCACUCACGCACCUUUGGGCAGCACUGCGUAUGAGCACUCCCCUUCUACCCUCCCCUUGUGCCCCCUUAGCGCGUAGCUCCGCGUAGCUCGGGGGUACAAUAAAGAACAACAACAAGAAGAACAAGAAAAAUCUUUUAUGUAAACUUGAAAGAAAGAAAAAAGAAAGCUAGAAACAAGAAAAUAUGUAAACAAAAAGCGAGACAACUUUUUCGUAUGAAAAGAACUUUUAUUCACAAAUGAAGCAACAGCAUCUCAGGUGCCCCCCUCCCCAGACUUCCCUUUAUUGUGUUUGUGUGUUGAAACGAAAAAGAAGAAAAGAAGAGGAGGAGGAGAUAACUUAUCAAGAAGCAAAACAUACGAAAACGAAGAAGAAAAGGUGUAAACAUUUUUUAGCACAGAAGUCAUCGUUUCCAAAUAGUUUUUUUUUUUUUAGUAGGAACUAAUGUCCAGCACUUUCAAGAAAGAACGUGUACGAGUUCGAACACACGUGUGUAUGUGUGUGUGUGUUUACGUAUGUACAUAUUUGUGUACAUGGGUAUACACACAUUUGUUAUACGCAUACAUACAUGCGUACGUACAUACAUGUUUAUAUAUAUGUAUGUAUGUAUGCACGUAUUUAUAUCAGGGAUUGGAAAGAAAAGAAAAAACGUUUAGAAACCUCGGCCCUACAAAGAGAGAACCGGUGACCAAAAUUGCCGAGAGAAAGAUGGAAAGAUUUUUUUUUUUGUGUGUGUGUCUCAAGAUUUCGAAUAGGUUUUAGGCCCGAAGUGUGACGCGAGCAUUUUGUUUUGCUCUUCAGGUUUAUAUACAUAUAUAUUUAAGGAAUAGAAAGAAAAGUUGUGUUUUAUGUACGAAGGAGAAAAUGGAAAACAAGAAGAAAAGUGGAAAAGAAGAAACGAGACGAGAUGCGUGUACAUGUUUAUUUAUUUAUUUUUUUUUAAUGUUAUUUCUAUUUUUUUU